AUGCUGCAGAAACUCAGCGAGGGCACGAGAGCGGGCUACGAGGGGGGGUGGCGGCUCUGGGUAGCCGUGCGCCAGGCGCAGGGGCUCAGCCCUUGGCUCCCAGGGCGCGACCGCGAGGAGCGCCUGGCCGACGAGGAGGCGCUCAUCAACUUCGCCGUCCUCCUCGCGCGGGUCGUUGGGGGGACUGAAGGGACCAUCAAGCAGAAGCUCUUUGCGGUGCGCUACGCUCACCUGGUGGCUGGCUACUCGGACCCCUUGCUCCACAGAGGUACCCUAAUUCGCAGGGCGGAGGCGCAGCACUUCCUGACGGUCGCGGGGCUGGCCGCCGGGCUCUCCAGGGAGGAGAUCGGCAGCCGCUCCCUGAGAAUCGGCGGGGCGACCGCGGUGUACCACGUGACCGAAGACCUCUCCCGGGUGCGCCGGUUCGGGCGCUGGCAGUCGGACGCGUUCCACGGCUACCUGUGGGAGUCGCACGAGCCGAUGAAAGGCAUCUCUGGCAAGAUGGCCAGGGGCACCUCCUCGCUGACCAACCCGGCGAAGGACAGCACCCCCCGCAGGGCCGCCGCCGGCCCCGAGGGCGCCAGGCGUGGGAGCCCAUGA